CUAUUGCUCAUGAGCUGCACAGUGUCUCACACUGACAGAGGCAAAGGUGAUAAAUCUCUUAUUCCCACCUGCUGCAGCCAAGACGGAGAAUCUGCAAUUCUACAAGAGGCUAAGCAAAGAAUUGCUCUUUACAUUGCCAGUAUCUCGUCAUACAGUAUAGUGAGCUCCAGCUCUGGAGCCGCCCACUACUUCAUACCGCCCUAAGCAAUGCAUAAUCUAGCUAAUGCAAUCUCCCUUCCUGCAUGGUGCAUAGAAUCCUCUGGUUGUAAUACCGACACCAGUCGACCAUAGGGGUGAAACUCAGGCUCCAGUAUAGAAUUUGUGAGACAGAAUACAGGAGCUGCAACGAAGGGUGCUCCUUAAGUGACGGGAAAAGCUACACAGUGACUUGGACUUAAGCAAUCAGCACCCUCGACUUCAGCACCCUGGACAGCGUCUUGCAAUGAGAACCCUCCGGCUGCCCUGGAACCUGUGAUGCGUCCUGCUUUGCACCUAUGAUGUCUCCUGCCUGGCACCUAUGAUGCAUCCUGCCUGGUACAUGAGGAGUUUAUUUACCCCCAGUGUCAGCAGUGUGCCUGCCAUGCAGAAUUUGUGUGUUUCCUGAAUAUGUGCUGUAGGAAAAGUUUGGAGAGGAGCAGAGCAGGAAGACGCAAGAAGAAGAUCUGAGGCUGAUGGAUGCUUCCCCUGCCUGAGCUGGGAGGAAUGAUGCCCGGGGAAGCAUGUGCACCAGCAGCCAGAUCAUUGGGAGCCUCCUGGUGUUGUCUGUGCUGGAGAUAGGACUGGGCUUGUCCAGCAUCGCGGUGGGAGCUGUCACAGUCAUCAGGGUCAGGAAUCGGACGGAGCCACCGCUGCAGCUAGGAGACUCCUCUCCGGUAUGGAGCGGGGCGUGUUUUCUAAUUUGUGGCAUUUGUGGAGUCUUAUGCGCCAAAAAAAAAUCAGGACUUAUAAUGAUUCUCUUUUCGGCCUGCUGCAUCUGUGGACUUAUUGGAGGCAUCCUAAACAUUCAGUUCUUACGCCCCCUCUCCAAAAAAUCAUCAUUGCACCUCGCUUCACUGUCACUUGCAUGCAUAGGUAUCAGCGGCUGCACCAUAUCUACAUGGCUUACUUGUCGUCUGGCCAGUUAUGAGCAAAGGAGGAUGUUUUUAGAAAGAGAACAUUCACUUCAUCACUCACAUGAAAUGACAGAAAAGGAAACCAUUGAAAACAUCAACAAUGGAGGAGGACAGCAUGUUUUUAAUGGGCGAGUGUAGAGCAGUUUUCUAAUAUGUUGACUCAAGUUAAUUAAGAAUAUUGUGAUGAGUUAUUGAAGUACAAUACCACAACAUUAUAUUUCCACUUGAAACCUUUUUAGUACUGUGCUGGCAGAUUGCUGUCGUUUUUACUAAAAUUAUGCAUCAAGUUAUUGCCUAUCACUGAGAUUGACAAUAUUGGAAAUUAUGCACAAAAAUUCCUAAGCAUAUGACAUAGAAAAGUACAGUGUUUCUAUUAAUACAUAUGGACAAUUUAUCUUAAGUCUUUUCCCACUGUUUCAGAAAGUGCUAAUGAAAAGGAGUGAUCUUAGCAGAGCCAAGCAAACUUUUAUAACACUGAAACUAAGCUCAAAUGCUUCAGAUGAAGUGUUACUACCAAAGUGAGUAUUCAGGGUAUUUCAGCAUAACUGGCAUAAAAGAUAACUCAGUCAGAUAAACUACAGACGGACUCUCCCAUAUGUUUGGGGCCAGAAAUAUUUUGGAUAUCAGAUUUUUCUGUAUUUUGGAAUAUUUGCUUACCAUAAUGAGAUAUCUUGGGGAUGGGACACAAGUUUAAACCCAAAUUGCAUUUAUAUUUACUAUACACCUCAUACACAUAACCUGGUGAUCAUUUUUUUUGCAUAAUAAUUUUAAUUACGCAUAAAACAAAGGGGGUGACUCAGACCUGAUCGCUGAGCUGCUAAAUUUGUAGUGCUGUGUACAGAUAGUCGCGGCCCAAAAGGAGUGUAUAUUUGCUGUGCAAGUGUGCGAACGCAUGUGUACGACGAGCUGCUAAAAAUCCCUCAGUCAGCGGACAGCUGCAAAUUCGUUCUCACCUCACUCACCAUCAAAUGAUUUUUCCAGUGUGUGCGGUCUGUGCGCAGCCCAGGACUUACUCCUAUAGUGCGACAGGAUCAGGCUGAUCGGCGCCGGAGUUGACGUCACAUACCCUCCCUGAAAACGCUUGGGAAUGCCUGCAUUUUCCCUGACACUCCCAGAAAACGGUCAGUUACCACCCACAAACGGCCUCCUCCUGUCAAUUGCCUUGCGAAUGGCUGUGCGAUUGAAAUUUUCGCAGCAGCCUGUAGCUGUCCGGCGAUGCCUGUUGCUGUUUGCCAAUGUGCGUGCGCAUUGCAGUGCAUAUGCAUGCGCAGUCUAUCAAUGAUCACCCGCUCUGCGAAAACGCACCGCAGCGAUCAGGUUUGAAUCACCCCCAAAGUAUACAGUGAGCCAUCAGAAAACAGGGAUUUCACUAGUUCACUCCAGCUAAUAAAAAUACAUAUUUCUGAAUAUUUAAUAACUUUGGAUAAUGGAGACUCAACCUGUAAUGCUUAUAAACAAUUAGGGGUGGGAUGUACUAAGCAGUGAUAAAAGUGGAGAAGUUGCCCAUGGCAACCAAUCAGCAUUGACAUAACAUUUAUAGUUUGCAUACUAUAAAGUAUACA